AUGAAGCUUCUUCUGGUUCUUGGUUUGGUUACUCUUGCUUAUGCAGCUUAUGAUGAUUUGCCAAAAGUUGCUGAUCCAUAUGAAGCUCCAGGAACUAAUCCAGAGGUAAUAUAGUUUAUCUUCUAUUUUUUCUCGAUAUUUAUUCAAAGUCUUUUCAGGGUUGCCCAUCAAAAUAUGCAGCCAUUAUUGUCAAAACCAGAACUGAAAUUGGAACUGGAUCUCUUCACGCUUUGGCCACCGUAAGCUUUUAUUUUUGUAUUAUCAAAUCAAUUAUCCUGUGAUUAAUUUUAGAACAUUGGAAGACGUGUCCAAAGUCAAUUCGGAGCUGCACAUGAAGUUAUUGUCAGCAAGACCUCCAAGAUCAUCUUGAAUACUCACAGCAAUGACACCAUCUGCAGAGAAUUCAAUGAUGCUUCAGGACUCAGCUUCAUCGUUUACCCAACUCCAGGAAACGUGAGUUUCUAGACCUGAAAAUUCAACAACAAAAAAAUAUAUGAUUUUUUCAGUACAACUUCAAUGACAACACCAUUGAAACAUUCUUCGAGAAUGUCGAAAAACAAUAA